AUGAAUCUCACAUACGCUACAUCGAUUUCGAUUCUGGCUGCUCUUGGCCCGAACGCAGAUGCCGCAAGUUUCGCCGGAGAUUCCUCCGAAGCAGCUUCAAAAGUAGAUUCAGCUAGCAGUUCUGUUUCUGGAGCCGCACCCGGUGCUACCUCCGGUGUCUCUCCUGCAAUUGGCAAAGCUUCUAGCUACUUUGGAGGGUUAGGUUCCGGAGCAGCUAGCGAUUCAUAUGAUGUUUCAUCUGCCGGCAGCAGCUCCUCGUCCAGCAGCACCUCCAGUGGAUCUGGAGCAGACAAACUUCAAGCUUACCUUAUCUCAUCACUGGAGGUGCUCUUGAAGUUCCCGCUACCAUGGCUCUCUUCUAGAAAGAUCAAGGUUCCAAAAGCUUUGAGUUUUGUAUGUUUUCCUAACGGGCAUCUUGGAUCUGUCAGAUUCUAA